AGAACGCGAUGAAAUAGUAGGAUGUUGUUUUAGGUUUAAGUAGACCAAAUUAAGGCUUCGAAACUCGAAAGCUAAAAUUAUUUGGGAAGAUAUUCGAAGCUGAAGGCGUUUCAAUCAUACCUCAAUUUAUUUCAAGAGUUAUCUCGAGACUGAUACGGUAUUAAAUGAAAAGAUGGAGAUGGCGACGUCCAGUGCUCUCAACUUCGAUGGUGACGAAAUCGAUGUCGUGAAGCGUUUCGCUUCCUCGUCUUCUUCUUCCUCAUCGUCCUCUAUUUGUGCAGCUUCUUGUUCAUCCGGCAUUGGCCACCACCACCAUCUAUUUCCCCAAGAACAAAAAAAGAUGUUGCACCGGCAGAACAAAAAACAAUUUCCGCUUCUGCUCCGUGCGAGCGGAAGCCUCUGUGCACUUUACUCGGGAGUAGCUAGUCCAACAGGAGCGGCCUAUUUCUUCUCGCAGCAAGUUGUACUGGGGGCAGGAGCGGCCGAAGAUUCUGAUAGGAACUACGCAGAGAAGAAGAUUGACACGGGGGUCGUAGUGCCACAAAGGAGCAACUUGCGCCGUCGUGGGGGCAGGAAGAACUUUUUCGGGACGAGUCGUGAAGAAGGAGAUGCGGGCAGCAGUGCAGCAGAACCAACAUCGACUCUGUCGAGCACUACUACUUCUAGGCCCAAUCUCCGGCAUGGCGCGCGACUGAAAUCGCUCCUGGAAAUCAAGCAGAAAACAACUGCGCAGGAUGUGCUGGCAGAGAGACCAGAACCAGCAGUCGGGACGAAUCACGGGCGGGAAACAUCAGAACAAAUUUUCAUCCCGGCGGAUGAAAUAGUAAAUUCGACGCAGUCAACAUCAAUUCCGUUCUCGACUUUGGAAAAAGUGAGCAAAAUCAGUGAGGAAAAAACCAGUCUCGGCCAGCAGCUCUCGACAGCAGUAGAAAGAAACACGAGAACCUCGGAAAAGCAGGAAGAAGGUCGUGAGGAGCAAAAGUUCACCCUUGAAAAACAAACCCUCCAGCAGAAAGAACACCGCCGAGAGCAGAUUGCGAGGAAGAUUUCGGAACUGAAGCAGAAAACGGCGACCGCGCAACAGCAAAUGGAGCGGUUUUACCGGGAGCAGGUGCAAAAACGGAUGCGGCUGGCGCGGUUGGACAAGGUGAGGACUACGAGAGUUGUGCAGGGGACCGGGGAGGUAGUGGCUGAAGGAAGUACAACUACCGGACGCAAAGCUCUAACUUCUUCUACGAUGAAAGCCCGGGAAAACGAAGAACAGGCGAGCAAGCUCGCGGCGCGAAUUAGUCAGGCGAGGAAAACGAAGGCGAAACAGAACCUCCAGGUGCGGAGAAAAGUGCAACGGAAGCGGAACUUGCGCGCGCGACGGCGUCUCGACCGGGACUCGGGCGAUGACGAGGAUGAUGACGGUGACAAUGAUGAAGACGGCGGUGACGAUGACAAUGACGAUGGCGGUGGGAACAGUGCGAGUGUGGAAGACAGCAGUGAAAGCGGCGGGUCCUCGGGCUCGUCGUCGGGGAGCGGGAAGAAGAGCAAGGUCGACAGUUGCGGUUUGUUGGGCUUGUGUGACUCGAGCAAGUAUCCUCGAUGAACUGGUGCAAUAGUGCUUCGUACUUCUUCUUCUUCUUCGGUCUGAUAUACUGCAUGACAGAUUUGCUUUGUUCAUUCUGAAUCUGCAUGACAAAAAAUAAUUUCCAUGCAUUCGAAAAACAUAAUGUCAUGCAAUGUCCCCUAGAAGUACAAGUAAGUCAAGAAGUGCGAAGACCAAAGUAGUUUUGCCUUGCAUAGGAGGAAGAAAGCUUCCGGGGGAAAGAAGGAAGACAAAACGGUACAGAAUGUUGCCAUCUGUGCCGGAGUGCUCUUCGUCUUUCUGCUGAUAGCGGUCGGGCUGUGUGUCUGGAAAGAGAAGGAGCGCCAGGAAAAAAUGCGCCAGGCGAGGCUGCGCAAGCGAAUCGCCCAGGAGGCGGCGGCGACAGGAGGCGCGCAAUAUCGUAUUUAAAAACGUCCCCACCCCAGAGUUGUAAUGCAAAUCUGCAUGCUCAGAAUGUUUCUCAUGCGGAGCCCCAUGAGAAGCAUUUUUUAGUCGUGUUUUGCAAUUUGUCAUGCUCCAAUCUGCAUGAUGUACUAGAUCUGUGAUACUGCUGAGCUAGCUCAAACAGCAUUACGCUAAGAGCAGUCCGAAUUUGUCAUGCAAAACAGCCAAAACUUGUGGAUUUGUGUUUGUCUAGCCGAUUCCCCAGCUUGACUAUGGGGUGGGGACGUUUUUACAUAGGAUACGCAAAGUGACGGCUUCACCCUGACGGGCUACCGGCGGGGGGACGUGCAAGCGAGGGGUAUGAUUCGGUGCAAAAGUGAUAGUAUCUUCGCCGGGUGGUCGUUGUAAUUGCAAUUGCAAUAAUGCACGACAGAUAUGCAGUUUUUUUUUUCCGAUUCCGAGUUAAUAUAUGAUUAUCUGCACGACGAUUUUUAAUUGUAGUCCCCUUGUGCCUCUGAAAAUAAAGUUUGUGAUGCAAUUUCUAGAAGGGCGGCGAUAGUACCUAAUGCUUUUGCAAUGCAUAAGAGCUCAAGCGGAGCAGCGCGCGUUGGAUGCGUACGAGCAAGAUCAGAGCCAGCGGCAUUUGGACGAGGUAACUAUUUUGGUGUUUGUCAUGCAUAGAAACGAAUGCAGCUUGCUGCUGUCAUGCAUCGACCACAUCAUAACUGAAUAAUUUUCUUUGAUGCAAAUUGAAAUUUCGCAUGCGUUUUCCCAACUAAAAAAAACAAGGUGAAGGAGCGCGGGUUUUGGUUAGCGCAGGAUGAAGCGGACCGGUUAAAGGAAGAGCUAUCCAUUGCAAAUAUGUCUGAUUCGGGACGAAUGCAAUAUUUGUCAUGCAUCUCGCAGACCAAGACCAUCCACAUGGUUUGGAAUGUGCACAAGCAUCACAGUUUUUGCGAGACCUUGUUGAUGCCUCUCCCGCAUGAGAGGUCCUUUUGCCUAGGAAGAGGUGGAGGCCUUUUGUCUUCAUGCAACACAGAUUUCUUUUUGGUCGAGGCCUCGCAUGACAAGCUACAUGCUUCCAGACCCAGAGACAUUUGCAGUGGAUAAGGGCGGGAUGGGUACAAUGCUUAUUACGAGGAAUAUCAAAAUGAAAAAUCUCCCCUCCCCAUAUCAAAACGGAAAUUUGUGAUGCUGAUUUGUGAGCACAAAUCAGCUUUGUAUUGCACAAGGGCACUGCGGCCAGAUCCCCAGGCUAGGUAGGGGCGUAUGGGUCUAGUAGUUCAGCAUGGCAAACGGCCCCCCUUUAGGCCCAACAGCAUGAAAAAUCGCUUCCAUAAUGGGGCGGAAGCUUCUGCCCUUGUCUUCUUGCAAGACAGGUGUGAUUUGUGACCUCAAAUCCGCAGCGCAAAUUUUUGGAAACAUACCUUUUCAAUAUGGGGAGGGGGGAUUUUUCCUCUCAAUAAGGAAGAGGACGAGUAUUACGACGACGGUUCCUGGUGGUGAUAUGGAAGCGUCAGGUUUGAAAUCGACAAAGUUGAAAUGAUUUGUCAUGCAUAAAAUGCAUGACGCGACUUACGUGUGUUGCAGAGCAACCAAGUGAGACCGAUUGUAAGCCUGUUUGGGGUUAGAGGUUGAGCUGCUAAAGUAGCAUGAGAAAAUCAGUCCUCUUUGCCUAAACAGCAUGACAAACUGGAUUGCGGUAACGCCGGAAUUUGUCUUGCGCCACUUGGAAACUGGGUUCCGACUGGCAUCCAAUUCAUGCAUGGCAAACUAUUUCAACUUUGACGAUUUCAAUCCUGACACUCCCAUAGGUGACCAGGAAGUGAAAAAUCGAGCACAAAAAAAAUGAAGGCAGAACUCAUCGGAGUAGAAAUUAGUUUACAAUAUCCUAACCAGCCCGUCGAUGACGUUGAAAUUGAAUAAAGACCUGUUUGAAUUUUUGCAAGAAUCAGAUUUUUACUACAACCACACUGUUCACCUCGUGCUGUCUUUUACGUUUGAUAAAUUUCUUACAGUUUUACAACAAGAGAAGUCAUUGACCUAGUUUACUUUUACCUCAUUUGUGCCUUUUACUUGUUUCGCGGACCACAGUGCCUGACGUCGAUGUUGAUGAUGUAUACUAAACAAAUAUUUAUCUUGAUUCUGUAUCAAAAAACUCGUUUUCUUGCUACACAGAUUGAACAGAGUUUAUGCAUGCUUCGUACUAGUUUGCAUGAAAAUUCGGAAAAAUUGGUCUCACCUCAGUUUUGUGACUACAAUAAUUAAUCAGCACUUCUUCUUGUACCAUUUGAGAAAACAGAAUUAUCUGUGAAAUUAGCUCUACUAUUCACUUCCGAGAUUUUCUACUGUACCAUAGGAAGGAAGCUAAAUUUGGUUUCGAAGAAAGAGGAGCUGCACACAAAAGAACAAUUCCUGCAAAAAUAAAAAUCGUUGCAAGGCCACAGGCACUACAGAUUCUCGAAAAAGAAUUUCUACCGGACUAGACAGAUCGUGGCAUUUCUGUAAACGAUUUCUUGCAGCAGCAAAAAGACUAU